AUGGGGCCGACCGUGUUCGGUAAAGUCAGCGUCUUCGGUACUUGUCGAGCGCUGUUCGGUAUCUCCCCAAAGCUUCCCGAAUACCUCCCUCUGACCCUAGCGCGGGUGCAUGCUCAUCAACGGGAUGUUCUCCGGGACAUGUUCUCCAAUGAAGAGGAGAGCUGGAAGGAGCUCUCUGUUGACAUACUGAGAGAACUCAUCAGGGUGGAUGAGGAGAGCUUGUGGUCAUCCGUCAUUAUGUUUGUACCAGGAGGCUGUGUCAGGGUUGGUCUGGAGGGCGAGCAUUCUGAUCUGGAGACUGGCGCUAGCCAGUCAUCGAGGUUGCCCUGCCAAAAAGUUAGUGAGUCGUUGGAGGGCCAUGGCUGUGGCCAUUUGUAUUACCACGGAGAUAGUGUUGCGCUGGAGAAGCGCGUCUUUCUUGCUCAUAAUCCCAAGGGACCCGCAGCUCCAACAUUUGUUGUGACUCCAGUAGGAAGUGGAACUCCCACUGGUAGUUUGUCAGUGCCCGCAUCGUCAUCCGAGAAGUUGUUGAGAUUUGGGGUAAGAACGGCAAUGGUGGGUUCUGGACGGUGA